ACAACUAACAAACUGACAUUGUCCGCGGAACGCUUUAUCAAAUAAGAAAAGAGAUGCAAAGAACAGCUAAUGUGUAGCGAGCUGUUUUGCAACGCUUGAAGUAAAUACAUAUGUGGACAUGUAUUUUUAAGGUUGCUGCCUCGACUGUUUUGCUUUGCUGCGAACCAAGUUACAUACUCUUAGGUCAAGGCAUAAUCUGAAAUCUUAGAGCCCAUACCUUAAAACAUUCCACAAAUUUCAUCAACUUGGCCUUAAUGCAAUGAAGUCAAUUGGCUGUUUACAACAUCAGAGAAUAUCUUUUCCAACUUCACAUCGUAGUAUUGCGAUUUGUUAAACGUGACCAUUUCCUCGACCUUUUGCACUGCUUUUACGUUUUGCAAUCCUAGCCUUGUCUCACAAAUACAGCCACAGUUGAGACAAGUUAUCGGCAACAAGGUGAUCGAGGUGAUCUGUCAGAUUUGAGAUGAGCGGUCAAGGUCCACCUGUAGACAAAGGAAUGAACACGAUCCUAGUUUGUCAGGAGAGCUACGCCUGCGGGGGCUCGGACGAGGCUGCGUUUGAAUGUGAUGAAUGUGGCAGCUUGCAGUGUGUCCGCUGUGAACUGGAGCUCCAUCGCCAGGAGCGGAUGCGGAACCACGACCGGGUUCGGAUUGCUCCGGGUCACGUCCCUUUCUGCGACUCCUGCAAAGGCGACAGCAGCUGCCCCAUCAACGGUGGGCGUCUGAGAGCAGUGGUGCGCUGCCAAGGAUGUAAGAUCAACUUGUGUUUAGACUGCCAGAAGCGCACCCACAGUGGAGUCAACAAAAGAAAGCACCCACUGACCCCUUACCCCCCAGUCAAAGUUCCCCAGGAGGGUACCGUGGCUUUUGUGGAGGUAGAGAUGGAGGCCCUGAAAGCCAAGCUGGAGAAAGUGUGCAGCUUUCUAUUGGUGGACGAGAAGGAGGAAAUGCAGGUGAAGGAUGAAGAGGAUUUUGUGAGCCGACUGGAAUGCAGACCAGAUGAGCUCCUCAAGGUAGUUUCUAUCUUUGGGAACACCGGCGAGGGCAAGUCUCACACCCUCAACCAUACAUUUUUCCUUGGGAGGGAAGUGUUUAAGACUUCUCCAACCCAAGAGUCCUGCACAGUGGGUGUGUGGGCAGCCAUGGACCCCCUACACCGGGUGGUGGUCAUUGAUACCGAGGGACUGCUGGGAGCUGGAGCCAGCCAAGGUCAACGGACACGACUGUUACUAAAGGUCCUGGCUAUCUCUGACCUGGUCAUCUACCGAACCCACGCUGACCGGCUCCACGAUGACCUCUUCAAGUUCCUCGGUGAUGCAUCUGAUGCCUACCUGAAACACUUCACCAGGGAGCUGAAGGCCACUACGGCUCGCUGCGGCCUGGAUGUUCCUCUGUCUACUCUGGGGCCUGCAGUUAUCAUCUUCCAUGAGACGGUCCACACCAAGCUACUGGGAUCAGACAAGCCAACCGAUUCAGCUGAGCGUUUGAUUCAGGAGCGUUUCAGGAAGUUGGGUCUGUUCCCAGAAGCAUUCAGCUCCAUCCAGUACCGGGGGACUCGAACCUACAACCCUCCCACAGACUUCAGUGGUCUGCUGCGCAGCCUGGAGCAGCAGUUGGAUAACAACACCACUCGCUCUCCGCGCUCCGCCAGGGUCAUUUACAAGGCCCUGCAGGCCCUCAGCGAGCGUUUCAGUGGAGAGAUACCAGAUGAGCAAUUGGCCAGUAACUCUUUCUUCCCAGACGAGUACUUCACCUGUUCUAGUAUAUGUCUCAGUUGUGGGUCAGGUUGUAAGAACAGCAUGAAUCAUCUGAAGGAAGACAUUGGCCAUGAAGCCAAACAUCGCUGUCGCUACUCUGCACAGUACGACAACCGCAUCUACACCUGCAAGGCCUGCUAUGAGGGAGGGAAGGAGGUGAUAGUGGUACCCAAAACAACUGCCUCCUCUGACUCGCCUUGGUUUGGUCUGGCCAUCUACGCCUGGUCCGGGUAUGUGAUCGAGUGCCCUAACUGCUCAGUGAUCUACAGAAGCAGACAGUACUGGUAUGGGAACCAGGACCCUGUAGACACAGUCGUCCGGACUGAGAUCCAACACAUCUGGCCUGGGUCAGAUGGUUUUCUUAAAGACAACAACAAUGCGGCCCAGAGGUUGUUGGAUGGCGUGAACUACAUUUCCCAGUCCGUGUCCGAGCUCAGCGUCAAGCCUGCUAAAGCGGUCACCUCCUGGCUUACCGAUCAGAUCGCACCAGCCUACUGGAUACCCAACUCCCUUAUCCUGAAAUGCCAUAAGUGUGGGGAGGAGUUCCAGCCCAACGAUACGAAGCACCACUGCCGUGCCUGUGGAGAGGGUUUCUGCGAUGCCUGCUCCUCAAAGACCCGGCCUGUACCCGAGAGGGGCUGGGGUCUGGCCCCCGUCAGGGUCUGCGAUGCAUGUUUCCAUAACAGGGGGAUCUCAACUGAGUUGUUGGAUGCUGCCUUGGAGGAGGAGGAGGGAGGAACCCUGAUUGCCAGGAAGGUCGGGGAGGCUGUUCAAAAUACUCUUGGAGCUGUAGUUGGUGCCAUAGACAUCCCCCUGGGCUUGAUGAAGGAAGCGGCGCGCCCCGCCUACUGGGUCCCGGACCAGGACAUCACUUCCUGCUGUGAGUGCCAGCGGGAGUUUUCUCCACGCCUCUCCAUCCACCAUUGUCGCGCCUGUGGCCAGGGCGUGUGCAAUGACUGCUCCUGCGAGCGGCGUGCUGUGCCUUCCCGGGGCUGGGACCACCCAGUGAGGGUGUGCAAUGGCUGCAACCAGAAACCCGGGGAUCUCUAGCAGUAUUAAGAGUGAAUGAGGAGGAAGAGGAGGGGGCUGCUGGUGGAACAGCUCAGGCCUAUCUCAGUCCAUCCUUUGCAAUGAACUGGGUUGACAGUCUCUACCCCCUCCCUCCUGUCUGCAGCUGAAGCGUUUCGGAGGAGUGUCACUGCCACUCCGCCGUUGUGUUGGAUUAGCCUUUUUUGACAUUGUUGUCACAUCUCACUUCAGUCCCUUAAUUCAACUUUCACUGUAAUACGUCUGCAUGGUAGACAAUGAAGAAUAUGGGUAAAGAGUAAGGCAGAUAUUUUUAGAAUGAAGUGAAGUUACAGAGUUCAGAUGCUGUUACAACAGUGAGAUGAUGAUUUUUCAACCUGGUAGAUGAGAAGUGUGCUUGGGCAAAUUCACAUGUAUUCUCCUUUAUCCUGACAAAUCUUUUUGUAUUAAUGCACAGCAAACGCGAAAUCCUUUGACAAUCUAUCCCGAUGAGACACGUUAAGGGUUUUCACACCUUUCAGUAGAAAAAAAUGCAACAUGCACAAAGCUUCUAUGUAUGUACAGACUGAGUAUCGUACAUGGAUCUCAGUUAAGCCCUUUUAUUUUACGAUUCUUUGUGAGGGGGCCCUCAAUAUUUUGGAAGUAUUAUCGGACCUGGAGAAGAUAGAAAACAUGGAAAAGGAUCUCUUGUAACACAUCGUAUCCAUUAAUCCACAGAUCUACAACGGUUUUCCUCCACUUCAGUUCUACAAGCUCUCUGCAUGGUGGUCUUUGGAUUUUAAGGAAAUAAAAGAAACAGAUGGCAGUUAUGUACCGUAGCACACAGAUGCAUUCCAUGUUCUGUUAAGACUUAACAACUAUCAGCAUACUCCCUUAACCCCUUUGCAAGUUGUAUCUGCAUUUGAAGAGGCAGAAGAUGCUAGAGUAGCCUUAAAAACGCUCUCUAAAUUGACCUGUUUGAUUUUAUGAGACACGGCAUUGAGUUUUCUAUAGUAGGGAAAAGUGUUUCUUUUUUUUAAAACGGCUUCCUUCAUCUUUAAAUGUCAGUAGUAUUACCACUAUCAGAGACAUAAAUCUCACUGCAGAGGAAUGGAAAAAAAAAAAGAAAAGGGAACUGCUUUUAGAGUGGCUGGCUCACGAGAGUAAUAUCCUCCAGAAAUUAAGGAAAAAAACACUGAGGCUGGCCCCUCAAAACAUUUUGCAAUAGUUUGUUAGCAGGAGAUAAUCCUCACCGUCUUCUCAGGCUGUAAAGAUAGCUAGAUAGUCACUUAUUUAAUUGCAGUGCAAAGUCCUCACUGUUCCAGAUUGUCUGAGUUUCAGGAAAAUGUUACAGAAUAACUGAUAUGGCGUGAGAGACUUGACCGGACAGAUACGUCGUUUGAUGCUGUAGGCUUUUGUACUCAAAACUAAUCCAGGUCAUGGUGAGAUCUGGACAGUUGGUGUAAUCAGGGUGUAGACGAAUUAACUGGAAUAAUGGUUUGACUACAACGGUGAUCUAUCUAAUCGCCACUGUUCCCAUCUCGGAUUAAGGCUGAAAAUAUACAGAUCUGAUAGAAGAGUAUUAUUAAUCCUGACUUUUAUGUUCAUGUUAUGCUCAUAAUAAACUGCAAAACCUUA